AUGGUAGCCGGAGUACUGCUCAUUCUUCUACGUCCCGGCCCUCUUUCUAUAGCUCCUGAUAACAAUCAGUUGCCGUUCUACCUCUUUCUUGCUCACCCCUAUCAUUUCCAGUGUCAAGUGGUCAGCGAACGACAGAAACUGAUGGCCGAUCAAAUCAAAAUCCGUCGACGUCAACGAAAAGACAGCAUUAUGAAUUUACAACGCGAUCAGUUGACGUCAACCAUAAACGCUGCAGCCGCUCUAUCGGGACAAAUGAACUUUGGACUAGGAGGUCUUGGCAGUCUGUUAUAUAGCCAACUAAAGCAACAAGUACCGCAAUCACUGCUGACAUCCCCGACAUCUUCAGAUGGUUCCUCCUACUCGCCAUCAGGACUGAAUCCAUUUGGGUCGUCGCCAGACCUUCUGCGCGGAUCUCUGCUCUUCCCACCACAAUCGCCAGCCACCAGUUCGCCGCCGGAUUCCGCUAGUUUCGCGACAAACGCAGCAGUCGCGGCUUCGUUGAUCGCCGCCCCCGUGGCAAUCAACCCCGUCACAUCGACGGCUUUCCCGUUCCCAUUGGUCACCAACGAGUCGUUGCUGUCCUUAUUGGCCAAUUAUAAGCUGCUCGAGCAGAACCCAACAGAAAUCUCCUCUUCUGAGUCCAUGGACACUCAAAUUAAUUCCAUAAUCGAUGUAUGUAACGUCUAA